AGUUCAGAAGUGGAUAGAAAAAAGGAUCAAAUUAUUAAAUUAAAUAUUGAUGAAAAUUUCUUCCAUAUUAAUUAAAAAUUUAUUGAAAAACAAAAACCCGAAAUUUUGAGCUUCGUGAUUAGUUCUAAAAAAAGAUAGAUUAAUACUUUUAGAAAGAAAAACCAAAGAAAAGUUUGAUUGUAGAGUUUGUCCCGAUUUUAUUACACCUUCACAUAUGAUAUUAAUAUACAUAUAUUUGCACAUUUCUUACACGCCUUUAUAGAAAGAAAAGUUUCAGUGGAAUAUUUAAUUAUAUGAAACAUUCUUAAUCAAACCCCUUUGAAAAUUUUAAAAUGACUGUAAAAAAAUAUUUCAGUAAAAUAUAAAAUUGAUGGCUUAACAAUCUUUUCCUUUAACAUAUCAUUUUUUAUUUGUAUGUUCUAACGUUUCGUUAAUCCGUUCGAGAUAUUGUUUGAUUGGCCAUUUUUAAACAAUUAGGAAUCUUUUCUCUUUGCAAGAUCAAGUAAUCUUUCAAAUAUUACAAGAAGGAAAAUCAUAUGACAUAACAAAGUCGAAUAUCGAUUUUAAACUGACAAUAUAAAUUCUGCUAGAAUAUAUAUUUCAUAUAAUUUUUUUACAUUAGUGCACUCUUUCGUUUGUGUGGGAAUAUAAGGAAAAAUUACCAACAAAUACACUGAAAAAAGAAAACUGUGUGUGGAUAGAAGAAAAAAGACCCUGAAAAUUUCGUUACAUAAUUAUUUUCUCAAAAAAUAGGAAGGCAAAAUUUAAAAGUAAACUUUAAAAAACGCAGAAAUUCGAUUAUAAUUUGAUAUUGGAUCACAUCGUCUGUAUGCAGCAAAAAAUUAUCUAAUUGAAAUACGCUCUAUUUGCCUACUUAGGAUAUUAUCUUCAACUGCUAUCUAUCUUCUUAAUAAAAAUAAAAACAUCAAACUAAAUUAUCAAAGUAUAAGGGAACCACAAAUCAAGACGAAAGAUGCCACCCAAACCAAAAAAGGACAAUUUGGAUGAUCUGAAACAGGAAUUGGACAUAGAUUAUCACAAAGUAACAAGCGAGGAGUUAUAUCAAAGAUUCCAAACACAUCCUGAAAAUGGUCUAAGUCACGCUAAGGCAAAGGAAAAUUUGGAAAGAGAUGGACCAAAUGCUUUAACACCACCCAAACAAACCCCGGAAUGGGUUAAGUUUUGCAAGAAUCUCUUUGGUGGAUUCGCCCUUCUGCUGUGGAUCGGAGCAAUUCUAUGUUUUGUUGCCUAUUCGAUUCAAGCAAGCACGGUUGAAGAACCAGCCGACGAUAAUUUAUAUUUAGGUAUUGUACUUUCUGCCGUCGUUAUAGUUACUGGUAUUUUCUCAUAUUACCAGGAAUCGAAAAGCUCGAAAAUCAUGGAAUCUUUCAAAAAUAUGGUACCCCAAUUUGCCACGGUUAUUCGUGAAGGUGAAAAAUUAACUUUACGUGCUGAAGAUUUGGUAUUGGGUGAUGUUGUUGAAGUCAAAUUUGGUGAUCGAAUUCCGGCUGAUAUUAGAAUUAUUGAAUCCAGAAAUUUUAAGGUUGACAACUCGUCUUUGACUGGAGAAUCAGAGCCUCAAUCACGCGGUCCUGAGUUCACACAUGAAAAUCCUCUUGAAACGAAAAACUUGGCCUUUUUCUCAACGAAUGCUGUUGAAGGAACUGCAAAAGGUGUCGUUAUAUCUUGCGGUGACCGCACUGUCAUGGGUCGUAUUGCAGGUUUAGCAUCUGGCUUAGACACUGGCGAAACUCCAAUUGCAAAAGAAAUCCAUCAUUUUAUUCACUUAAUUACUGGCGUCGCUGUAUUUUUGGGUGUCACCUUCUUUGUUAUUGCACUCAUCCUUAACUAUCAUUGGUUAGAUGCUGUUAUCUUUCUUAUUGGUAUCAUUGUUGCCAACGUACCCGAAGGAUUAUUAGCUACUGUCACUGUCUGUUUAACUCUAACUGCUAAAAGAAUGGCAUCAAAGAACUGUUUAGUGAAGAAUUUGGAAGCAGUUGAGACACUUGGAUCCACAUCAACAAUCUGCUCAGAUAAAACUGGAACAUUAACACAAAAUCGCAUGACUGUUGCACACAUGUGGUUUGAUAAUCAAAUCAUCGAAGCCGAUACUACAGAAGAUCAAUCUGGUGUUCAAUAUGAUCGUACAAGUCCAGGAUUUAAAGCUCUGUCACGUAUCGCUACAUUAUGUAAUCGAGCAGAAUUUAAAGGAGGUCAGGAAGGUGUUCCAAUUUUAAAGAAAGAAGUGUCAGGUGAUGCAUCAGAAGCCGCCCUUUUGAAAUGUAUGGAAUUAGCUCUUGGUGACGUUUUAACAAUUCGUAAGCGUAACAAGAAAGUUUGCGAAAUUCCGUUUAAUUCAACAAACAAAUUCCAAGUAUCAAUUCACGAGACAGAAGACGCAAGUGAUCCACGAUACUUGUUAGUUAUGAAAGGUGCACCAGAAAGAAUUUUGGAACGUUGCAGUACAAUUUUCAUUAAUGGAAAAGAGAAACUCAUGGAUGAAGAGAUGAAAGAAGCAUUCAAUAAUGCAUAUCUUGAACUCGGUGGUCUUGGAGAGCGUGUGCUUGGAUUUUGUGAUGUUAUGCUUCCAUCAGAUAAAUAUCCCCAAGGAUUUAAAUUCAACUCGGACGAUCCUAAUUUCCCAUUGGAGAAUUUACGUUUUGUUGGUUUGAUGUCCAUGAUUGAUCCCCCGAGAGCAGCUGUGCCUGAUGCUGUAGCCAAAUGUCGUUCAGCUGGUAUAAAAGUUAUCAUGGUUACUGGUGAUCAUCCUAUCACUGCCAAAGCCAUUGCUAAAUCUGUUGGAAUUAUUUCCGAAGGAAACGAAACUGUUGAAGACAUUGCUCAACGUUUAAACAUACCCGUCUCAGAAGUUAAUCCUCGUGAAGCUAAAGCUGCGGUUGUUCAUGGAACUGAAUUGAGAGAAUUAUCUUCAGAUCAACUCGAUGAGAUUCUUCGUUAUCAUACAGAGAUUGUUUUUGCUCGUACUUCUCCCCAACAGAAACUCAUCAUUGUUGAGGGUUGUCAACGUAUGGGCGCUAUUGUUGCUGUAACUGGUGAUGGUGUUAACGAUUCUCCCGCAUUGAAAAAAGCUGAUAUUGGUGUCGCUAUGGGUAUUGCUGGUUCAGAUGUGUCAAAACAGGCUGCUGACAUGAUUUUACUUGAUGACAAUUUUGCUUCGAUCGUUACUGGUGUGGAAGAAGGUCGUCUUAUUUUUGAUAAUUUGAAAAAAUCAAUCGCCUAUACACUCACAUCAAACAUUCCUGAGAUCUCACCAUUCUUGGCAUUCAUCUUGUGUGAUAUUCCUUUACCAUUGGGAACUGUCACAAUUUUGUGUAUUGAUUUGGGAACGGACAUGGUGCCCGCCAUUUCACUUGCCUAUGAAAUUGCUGAAGCUGAUAUUAUGAAACGACCUCCACGAGAUCCGUUCAACGAUAAACUAGUCAAUCAAAGACUUAUAUCUAUGGCAUAUGGCCAAAUUGGUAUGAUUCAAGCUGCUGCUGGAUUCUUCGUAUAUUUUGUCAUUAUGGCUGAAAAUGGUUUCUUACCUGGAACAUUAUUUGGUAUUCGAAAACACUGGGAUUCGAAAGCAGUUAAUGAUCUAACGGAUUCCUAUGGACAGGAAUGGACAUAUCGUGAUCGCAAGACAUUAGAAUUCACAUGCCACACUGCUUUCUUCGUAUCAAUUGUCGUUGUACAAUGGGCUGAUAUUAUCAUCUGUAAAACACGACGCAACUCCAUUCUUCAUCAAGGAAUGAAGAACUGGGCAUUAAAUUUCGGUCUGAUCUUCGAAACAGUAUUAGCUGCAAUUCUUUCAUAUACACCUGGCAUGGAUAAAGGUUUACGCAUGUAUCCAUUGAAAUUCGUGUGGUGGCUACCGGCCUUGCCCUUCAGCUUAGCAAUUUUCCUGUAUGACGAAACUCGUCGAUUCUAUUUAAGACGUAACCCAGGAGGUUGGCUGGAACAAGAAACGUACUACUAAAAAGUUUAAAGCAGUGGAAUGAAUAUUUCUACGAGCUAUGUAUACACUAACACCCAACACACACACACUUGCUUGAAAAAAAUAGAAAAAUCAUUAAAAGUGAAAAUAAUAGCGAAUGAAAUAGAAAGAGGAGCAUAUAUUGUGACCACACGAAGAGUAAUAAUUAAUAAUAUGUAAUUAAAACAAAACUUUUUAAAUGAAACUCAACUUUACUUUCGGGAGAAAUCUAAAAUUACCUAAUUUCUUAAAAGCACACGGUUCUCAAUCGCGUGUCGUAAAUUUUUCACCUUUGACCAUCAUUUUUGUCACAAGUUCAAUUUUCAUUAAAAACUAUAGGAAUGAUUUUUUUUCACAAAUAGUUAUAAAUAAUAAAAACAAAAAUACUAUUAAAGUAAUCAUUAGAUUAUAUAUUUCUGUUUCAAACUUCAACACAAAAGUGGAAAAUAUCCUGAUAAAAUAUUAAAAAAUUAGAUUAUUUAAAAAAAAAAUAAGAGAUGAACAACAGAGUUCAGAAUUUAAUAAAGCAAAAAAUGAUAUAAAAAAUAAAUGAAAAUAGUAAUAAUUCGCUCUAGCCUCCUAAAUAAAAUAAGCAUUAAAUUUUCCGUAAUUAAAAAAGAAAGUAAUUUCGUCGUUAAAAUUCGAGAAGAAAGUACAGAAAGUGUUUUUUCAAUGUACAAUAUUAUUAUAAAAAAUGAGGAGAAAUGAUGAAAAUAUAUAAAAUAUGUUGAAAUUACAAUUAUAAAUAGUGUGUGUAUUCAUGCGUUGCAGCAGUGGUGUUCUUCAGAAAAAAUAUAAUAAACAUAAGCAAAAGAAACAUAAGGUAUAAUUAAGCCUCAACAUUUUAUCAGCAAAUGGAACUUAGCACACGAUCAGUUUUUGAUCAAAAGCAUAAUUCUCAUAUGUAACUAUUUUGUUUCUCCUUUUCAUUUCUCUUUUUAGAAAUAAAUUAGCAUUUUAUUUUCUGUUUAGAUUUAAGAAUCUAUGAGAAACAAAAGAUAAAGUAAAUUAAUAGCUAAUAAUCGUAGAACGAAAGCUAAAGAUCAUACUUGAAGAAUAAAUACAAAAAUUAAAUGACAAAAAUCAAUUCUUUUGAUAUGUUCACAAAACUACUUUAUCACAGGAUAUCAGCAAAUAUGAAAUCGUUAAAACAUUAGACAUCAUAAUGAUUUGGUAUUUUUAUUGAAUCUUCAUAAAAUGAGUUUUCAAUUCCAAAUUAGCAUCUCCCGUCCCAUUAAUACUUUAGCUUAAAUUUCAAUUAAUAAUAAAUACAUUUUUUUUGACGAUGUCAAAUAUUUAGGUAAUUUUUUUUUUCAGGUUAUUGAAACUCCUGAUAAAAGAUCAAAAUUUUAUCACUCCUCUCCCAUUAAUUUAAUGAUUUGAAUCAAAUGCUAAAUAUAAUCAUUAAAAAUGUUUAUAUGAUUUGUAACAGAUAAACAGAAAAAAAAAUUAGUUUUUUAUGAUACUUUGAGUAUUGAAAAAGGGCUAAAUCGAAGCAAAUUUGAUAUGAAAAAGAACUGUUUGAUCAUUAUAAAAUUGAGCAUCUCUAUUAUACCGAAAUAAAAACUAUUAAAUUAUAGGCUUUAAUAGAACUAACUAAAAGUUAUAAGGAAUUUGGAGGAACGAAAUAAAAUGUCACCUUUAAAAAUAUGGAAAGAGUCAGUUUAAAUAAAUAUUGUUAGAAAUUCCGGUUGGCAUCAGCUUCACACUCUGACAAUUCUAAAAUAUACGUCACUUUUUAAAUAAAUACUGCCCAUUUCUUGUUAAUGAGAAAAAUGUAUGAUGUCAAGCAGAUGCAUGUAAAGAAAUAUUAACAACAAAAUUAAAUUAAAUUGAAAAUAAAUUUAAAAUGUGGAGCACUCUCACGUUAUUUUAGACGAAAACUGUGCAAGAAUCUAAAUAUGUAUUAAAAUAUAUAUGUAUAAUUCACAAAAGUUUUUAUAGAUGAAUAAUUAGUUGGAGAUUCAUUGUUAUGCAAUUCCUAUAAUUAUUUUUCAUUUUAGUUUACGAGCUUGAUUGGAUAAGUCGUUUCCACGUUCAACUAGGAAAUGUCAACAUAUACUUACAUUAAGAAAUGCCUAAGUAGAUGUAGCAACAAAUUUAACAGUUAAAAUUUUUGCUUUUUCACGUAUUCAUGCACUCACAUGUGAAUCAUGUGAUACGUUUUCUUUUUUUAGUAUCAAUUUUGAAAAGGGUUGCUCCACGCAAAAUUUAAACAAAUAAAAUAGAAAUUGUAGUUUCAGUACAGACAUUUUCAAUUAGAUAAUUUUGUCUGUGAAAAACCGCAUAAAAUACACAUAAAAUUAACCAUGUAAUGAAAAUCUGCUAUUAAAUCAUCUGAAAAUAAAAAUAAAUCAGCAAAAUUGCAUAUAAUAUUUCAUAUUUACAAAAAAUAAGCCCAAAGCAAAAUGAACUCUACAAAAUGAGAAAAAAAUUAGUUAUUAUUGAUGAAAUAUCUAAAUGAAUAAAUUAUGAUGAACUUUCUUCUUUGUUAAUUAGAAAAAGAUAAAAGAAGUAAUUUUUUAUCAUACAUAGGUAUUUAAUAGAUGAAGUUGAGUUUUCAAUUUUGAAGGCGACGUUUGUUUGCGUAUAAUUGCGCUUGAAAGCAUUUUAGUUUGAAGAUUUUCUUAAAAGAUUACAAAGAAAAAACUUAAAAAAUCAAUAAAAAUUUCAUAAGCAGAUUUAAUAUUUACAGCUUCGUUUAAUUUAAUAAAAAAAAUCUAAAAUGAUGAUAAAACUGCAAAAAUUUAUUAAGAAAAGAAAUGCAAAAAUGUUAAUUGUAUUUAAAAUGUUCCAAAAGGUAAACACAAUAAAAUAGUUUUAAAAAUCUUAUCGUUAGUCUAAGUCAUUUCAUGAAUGAAUUUUUUUCGUCAUGGUUACAUAGCAGUGGACAUAAAAUAUCUGUGUCUAUGAAUGAAAGAUGGCGUCCAGUCUUUUUGUUUGUACGACUGGACGCCAUCUUUCAUUCAUAAAUAUUUAACUUCAGUCGUCUCUGAUUUACAAUCUGUGUCUAAUUUGAAAUAAUUAUCUUCUAAUGAAUGGAUAAAACUUUUCGAGGAUUCAGUUUAUGAUGGUGAAGAACAAAUGAAAAAUAAGGUUUUUGAUAAUGUUUGCUGAAUUUGAAUUGGCAGUCAUCUAAAACU